UCACUGAUAUUGGUGUAUUCUUAGUCAUUCAAUUAGAUUAGAUCUUUCGAUUUGCUGAGUCCGCUGAAUGUGCGCACCUUUUGUCUCAUGUCUGUGAGAAUAUUGGGGGAUUCACCUUUAUUUUUACUUUUGUACAGAAAGAAAAGUUCUUAUUAUCUUAUUUGUCACCCUUAUCGCAGAUAACAUUUGAUUAACAGCUGGACGUUAUUAAUAUUUUCAGUACUGACAGUGUAUACCGGAACAAGCGGAUAUUAUAUUGCAUAGUUUCAAAACUUUCAAAUUGUUUCAUAUCCAUAUAUGUGAUAAUAUGAAACGCAAUACUACAUAUAUUUAAUAUUAGUACUUUAAUAAUGAGAUAUUUGUGAGAUUAAGUGAUGUUAUAAAGUCUUCACUUUCUUAUCUUAUCUUAUUUAAAUAGUGUCAAUAUCAAAACAUAUAAAUCCUUUUUUGCGUAUAUUAUAUUGGAGUGAUUAUAGAAAAAAAUGGGUAGCCCUUCUAGUAAAGAGGCAGAACCUGUGAACAAUGAACAAACAGAAUUAUCUAAUGAAAAUGAAUCUAUAGUCGCAACUGUGGCAGCACCACAUACGUUUAUUACAAAAGAUGAAUUUUUUACAACUUGGUUUUCAUGGAAGAAUGAAUUCCUUGCUUACUUGAAAAACAUUGAUAAAAAUGAAGAAAAUAAACAGGUAUGGAGUAACAUGCUUUUAAAUCGUAUAGGUCCAGUUGGUCAGAAGAUCUAUAGAUCAUUUCCUUCUUACGAUAAAAAUGCGGAGACAGAUAUAAAUAUAUUAAUAAAGAAAUUUGAUAUCUAUUGCCUACGGCAUUUAUAUGGGGAUAAAAAACGAGGCUGCGAAGACAUCGAUAAUUAUAUAAAUGAUUUGAAGUGUAUGGCUAUCGCGAAGAAUUAUAUUGAUCCUGUACAGAUUGUGAAAGAAAAAAUUAUUCAAGAUAUAAGUACUCAGCGUUUCACAGGAAAAGCUGCGCUUCUCAUAGAAAGUAAAGGAAAAGAUUUGAUACCGUAUUUGCAAUCAUUAGAUUUCUACCAUCUCACUUUGUUUUGGAAACAAUGUGAAGAUUUAAUGGCACAAAAAGUCGAGGAUACACCGAAGCAAGAUUCUUCCAAUGUUAAAUCCGCUGUAAUAGAAUGUACUCGAUGUGGUACGAAACAUAGACGAAAUCGAUGUCCCGCUUGGGGUGCCCAAUGUAACAAGUGUCAACAAUUCAAUCACUUCACGGAUAAUUGUAAAGUUAAGUAUGUGGAUGACUGUACUAAAUGUGGAAUGAGUCAUAUUCAAUCACGUUGUCCGGCAUAUGGCGAGCGGUGUACAAAAUGUGACAAGAGAAAUCAUUUUUCACUCAAAUGUAAAACUCCUUUUGUCAACAAUUGCUCGAGAUGUGGUACGAGUCAUGCGGCAACCAAUUGUCCAGCGCAGGGUCGAACGUGUCAUCUUUGCAACAAACCAAAUCACUUGGAAGAACAAUGUGCGAGCAAGCUGAAUCAUUAAUAGUAACAGUAAUUAUAAUUUGCCUGCUUUCUAUUCUCUAUAGAAACAGAAUAUGACUAAAUAUAAAAUAUUUAAUCUUAACAUAAACUAUGUAAUCUGUUAUAAUCUAAUGUAAAUUGUUACUAUUUUAAAUAAUUGUUCAAUUAAAAUCAUUUUAUACAUGCAUACGCGUGUAUCGCAUAAGGACGAAAAUAAAUUUGAAAUAAUUUUUCA